GUCAGACUUUAAAUCUUGCAAUUUGUGGUAUAUAGCACAUUUACUGUCUACGUCAACCGUUUCAGCUUCAUGGUCGUUGUCAUUAAAUAUGGCCCACCUGCAAAUGUUAGUGUUUGCCAUUUAAUACCUAAAUCUAGUCCAUGGUAUAUGCCAUCCAUACUGUAUUUGCAAUUUGUGGUUUAUAGCGCAUCUACUGUCUAUGUCAACCGUUUGAGCUUCAUGGUCGUUGCCAUUAAAGAUGGCCCACCUGCAGUUGUUAGUGUUUGCCAUUUAAUACCUAAAUCUAGUCCAUGGUAUAUGCCAUCCAUACUGUAUUUGCAAUUUGUGGUUUAUAGCGCAUCUACUGUCUAUGUCAACCGUUUGAGCUUCAUGGUCGUUGCCAUUAAAGAUGGUCCACCUGCAAAUGUUAGUGUUUGCCAUUUAAUACCUAAAUCUAGUCCAUGGUAUAUGCCAUCCAUACUGUAUUUGCAAUUUGUGGUUUAUAGCGCAUCUACUGUCUAUGUCAACCGUUUGAGCUUCAUGGUCGUUGCCAUUAAAGAUGGUCCACCUGCAGAUGUUAGUGUUUGCCAUUUAAUACCUAAAUCUAGUCCAUGGUAUACGCCAUCCAUACUGUAUUUGCAAUUUGGGCACACUCCUGUACAGGAAUUGUACCACCAUCCACCGCCAUUGUGACUUUCGGUCCUGGCGCAACUUUCUAAUUCUUGAAGGUCAUUGUCUCUGUCACGUGUAGAGAAUUUCAU